AUGAAUGAGGUGGAGCGGGUGAAUAUAGUAUUGUUGCUAUUGUCGGUAUUAUCAUUACCUGUUACUAUUAAUGGUUUAUCUGUACCACGACAUCCGCAACAGAUGAAGCAGGUAACAAUACAGGUCAACGGCUACAGACCAACGAUUAAUGAUGACUACAUAGCAGUGUCUAUGCCUAUAGAGCCCGGAUAUAUUGUUCGCUUCGAGCCGUUCGCACAUGCUGAUCGUAUUCAUCAUAUAUUGCUGUACGGUUGUACUUAUCCGGCUUGGCCAAAGCCAUUUUGGAAAGGAUUUAGUGUAUGCCGAAGCUUCGAUUCACACAUUCUAUAUGCAUGGGCAAGAAAUGCACCCGACUUUCGUUUGCCGCAAAAUGUUGCAUUUAGCGUUGGACAUGAUUUCGAUCCUAUAAAAUAUUUGGUAAUGCAAGUGCAUUAUGCACAUCCAUUCGUGGGUAAAGUAUUAGACUAUUCUGGUGUUACCGUUCAUAUGAUUGAUGAAAGGCCUGAUUAUUUAGCUGCUGUGUUACUUUUCUUGUCUGGAACUUCAAUACAACCCGGAUUUUCUCACUUUCAAAUGAAUAUAAGUUGUAUGUACAGCAGUGAUACACCGAUUCAUCCAUUUGCAUUUCGCACUCAUACGCACAGCAUGGGACGAGUUGUUUCAGCAUUUUAUAAACAUUCUAAUAAAUGGACAAUGAUUGGUAAACGGAAUCCGCAAUGGCCUCAGUUGUUUCAACCAAUUGAAACAAAUCUUACUAUUUUAAACGAUGACUUAAUGGCUGCUAUUUGCGUUUAUGAUUCAUCAAUGAAGAAAUCUGUUGUACGGAUAGGGAAUACAGGUGAAGAUGAAAUGUGUAAUUUUUAUAUGAUGUUUUACUGGGAUGCAACAUCACAGGAUCCAUUUCCUGAUGGAGCAAUUUGUGCUGCACAAGAUAAACAGAAGCUUGUAAGUGAAGAAUAUCCAGUUGAAGGCACAAUUCCUCUUCAACCUCAUCCAGAUUGGGAGCAUAAAGCACAUCAAAGCAAAUUGUUUGGAGUCAUUGAAAGAAUGGUAGCAACAUCUGUUGGUGGCAUUAAACUUGGACAAGUCACUGCACUUAGUUUUGAUUCAUUUGGAAAUUUGAUUAUAAUGCAUCGUGGUAGCCGAGUUUGGGACUCGAUGUCAUUUGAUAUGGGAAACAAUUUGCGAGAUAAAACACCUAUUAGCGAAGAUGUGAUUUUAGUUACAUAUUCAAAUGAUUCAAAUUGGACGCUAUCAUUACGUAACAAAUAUGGCCGUGAGAAAUUCUACAUGCCACAUGGUUUAACAGUUGACCAACAAAAUGAUUAUUAUACAACUGACGUCGGCUCUCAUCAGGUCAUCAAAUGGUCACUUUCACAUGGCUCACUAUCGCAAGUUUUUGCAUUGGGUGAAAAGUUUGUCCCUGGAGACGAUCAGAAACAUUUUUGUAAACCAGCAGGUAUUGCGGUCACUGCAGAUGGAAAUAUUUUUGUCGCUGACGGCUACUGCAAUAAUCGAAUCAUGAAAUUCGAUCGAAAUGGACAAUUCUUAACUCAGUGGGGACAAUCAAGUUAUAAUAGUAUGAGUGGUAUAGCGAGCCUACAUCUGGGCAUCUUUUCGUUACCACAUGAUAUUGUGGCAAAUAAUAAUGGUUCACUGUUAUAUAUUACUGAUCGUGAAAAUGCUCGAAUACAAAUAUUUCGGAGUGAUGGGCGGGCAGUGGGCCAGAUUGUUAAUCCAGCAAACAGCACAGCAUUUGGGAAUAUUUAUUCAGCUGAUUAUCACAAUAAUAUACUAUACUUCAUUCCCGGUAGACAACAAAACGGUCUACCUAUACGUGUAUUCAGUGCACAUUUGGGAGCCUCUCGAAUACAGUAUUCAUUUGAACCAAUAAAUCAUCCGUUCAAUCGACCGCACACAAUUCGAGUUUCCAGGGAUGGACGAUCUAUCUACGUUGGAGAAUUGGGUCAAGAUGGUGGUCGAGUUUUGCAGUUUAUAAUAAAUAGAGAUGAAAAUCAAGAUAGGAAUAAUAUUGAUUCUUUGUCACCAUUGUCAGUAGGUCGAACUCCACAGUUCCCGCUUCCUGCUACACUUUUGGUUGUGUUUGUUGCUUUACCACUACUGAUCUUUUUUGCAUACAGACGAAAGAAGUUUAUGCGAAUAGGAAAGCAGUAUUCAGUUUUAAAUCGCGCGGGCUUCAAGCCUCUACGAACGGAUGAUUCGGAGACAUCGAAUGACGAUUCAGAUGAUGACAUUAUUUCUUCUCCGAAAAAAAGCAAUGAUAGGUUUUAA